UCGUAUACGCGGCGCUAUACGAUCUUUGGUACAUGAUACUAUACACUAUAUAUCAAGCACCAUAUAGUCUAUGUACAGUGUACUAUACUAAGACUAGACUAUAGGAUUGCGGCUCAGAAUUAUUCGCGGUGGCCACGGAGGAGGAGCUUGGAAAAUCUGGGCUCUGGAAGUACGACUCUAUGAGAAGUAUUCAGGCUGCUCAACAAUGCACACAAACGUCUCCCGUCAUGCUGAUUACACAGAGGGGGUACAUCCAACUGAUGAUAAGAAUGGUUUUUUUGCUAAAGGACGAGAUUUUGAAAGCAGAUACAUAAACCAUCAAUACACAGAACAAGAGAAGAAAGUUCUUGCCAGUUAUGAAAGUGUUGACUAUCUGCCUCCACACAGUCAGGUCUAUCUAAAUUGGCUUAGACAGCAGCCAAAAAGAUUGGACUGGGAUCGAUGGAUAAUGAUGGGUCUUAUUGGCUUCAGUACUGGAUUUAUCGGAUUUCUACUCCACCAGAUGAUCAGUCUUGUUUCAAGCUUUAAAUGGGAUUACACUCAGGAGUAUCUUACGCAUUCCGGUAAAGCAGUUGCAUGGCUAUGGGCAGUGAGCAUCAGUCUUUCAUUAGUCUUCUUUGGAAGUGCUAUAGUUGUGAUCUUAAGACCCUCUGCUGCAGGUUCAGGUUUACCAGAGUUGAUUGGCUUUCUGAAUGGCACACUUGUGAGACAUAUCUUCAAUGUGAAAACACUUGCCGUGAAGUUUGUUUCCUGCAUUUGUGCUGUUGCAAGUGGCUUGCCGGUUGGACCAGAAGGACCAAUGAUUCACAUGGGGUCCCUGAUUGGUGCUGGAAUGAGCCAAUUCAAAUCAGACACGAUGAACUUUGAUAUUCCUUUCUUCCAGAGAUUUCGCAAUCCUGAAGACAGGAGGAACUUUAUUUCUGCCGGUGCAGCCGCUGGUGUUGCCUCUGCAUUUGGUGCACCUGUUGGUGGCCUUUUGUUUGCUAUGGAAGAGGUAUCAUCAUUUUGGAGUAUGAAGCUUUCUUGGCAAGUCUUCUUUUGCUGUAUGAUUUCUACAUUCACUACUGAUUUGUUCAACUCAGCUUUUCACAACUUCAAGUAUCAGGGGGAUUUUGGUCUUUUCCGGUCCCAAAAUUACAUCAUUUUCAAGGUCAUGGACAGUCUUGAUGUUAAUAUCAUCAUGUUCCUUCCUACGGUAGUCCUUGGGGUUGUUGGUGGUCUGCUAGGAGGAAUGUUUGUUUUCAUCAACUUAAAGCUCGCAAGACUAAGGCAAGCCUUUAUUUCCAAGGCUUCAAAGAAAUGGAAAAAAAAGUCUUUGAAGAUAAUGGAACCAUGCCUUAUUAUUAUUUUGUUUUCUACGGCUAGUGUUCUUCUGCCUGCUGCAUUCAGCUGCAGCCCAUUCACAUGCUAUCCAAAUGACGACAAUCUGCCCCCAAAAAGUUUUAGCCCCAGGUGCUUAACAGAAACAGCCGACAGUGUAACUGAAGCAAGUGUCAGCCUCUACACAUGUCCUCGUGGUGAAACCAUCUAUUAUGAAAACGGAUCAAUUGCAUACUCAAACAAGUCAUUCAAUCAAGUUGCUUCUUUGCUAUUUCUUUCUGGAGAGGAAGCCAUCCAACAUCUCUUUUCAAGGGGAACUCACUGGGAAUUCAGCUACAUUCCACUUGUGACUGUACUGCUCUUGUACUUUGCAAUGGCCUGCUGGUCAUGUGGCCCACACAUCUCAGCUGGUCUUGUUGUACCAAUGUUAUACAUUGGAGCUCUUUAUGGUCGCAUUAUAGGCGUGGUUCUGGUCUCUAUGUUUGGAGUGAAGACUGUUGAGACAGAUCCAUAUUGGGCUUGGAUUGACCCAGGGGCCUUUGCAUUGAUUGGUGCAGCAUCAUUUUUUGGAGGUGUAUCAAGAUUGACCAUGUCACUUACUGUUAUCAUGAUGGAGAUCACUAAUGAUAUUCAGUUUCUGCUUCCAAUAAUGGUAGCAAUAAUGAUUGCCAAGUGGAUUGGAGAUUUUAUAACGCAUCCUCUUUACCAUGCCUUACUUGAGGUUAAAUGCAUCCCUUUCUUGGACUCUGAGCCAGUAAUAGUGCAUGAAGGACAAAAUAUGAACUUGGAAUUUUUCAAGACAAGUGAUGCUAUGACAUGCCCAGUUCAUGUGGUUAAAAGUAAAGAAACUGUGAGCACCUUAGCUCAAUUACUUCUAGACACAGCACAUGGAGGAUUUCCUGUGGUAAAAUGUGGCACUGAUUUUGAUGAUAAACUGUUUCUUGGACUUGUAACAAGGAUGGAGCUUAUUAUACUGCUGAUAAAUGAUCACCUUUUUGAGCCUGUGAAUUUUGUGCGAGAAGAUGAACCAGAAGUUUCACCACUUGAUUACCAAACAGUAAAAGCAGAGAAACCAGGAAGUCAAUCUGCAUCUGAAGAAUUGCUCCAUAAGUAUUGUGAAGAGCCACAGUAUCAAGACUUGUAUAUAAAUCUGGUUCCGUACAUCAAUGUAUCAGCUCCUGCAGUGCCAGAAUAUUUCUCACUGCAUCGUACAUAUAUACUCUUCAGGACUUUGGGACUUCGCCAUCUCACAGUGGUUGACAACCGUAACACAGUGGUUGGUAUUGUUACCCGUAAGGACCUUAUGGGCUUCAAUUUGGAGGAGAAGUUAUCUCAGCUGUUGUUUCGAAACUUACAUAAUCACCAAGUAAGUCCCUUAGUUGAAUUGAAUGAUGUCACUAUUUGAGUAUAGAUUGUUGGCCUCUGAUAUUUUUCAUUAUUAAAGGCAUCCAAAUUUGCUUUGGUGCAUUCAAAAUUUACAUAAUUGCUACUACAAUUCUAACAAAAAGUUGUUGACACUUGAUUUCACAAGCAUUCGAAUUGAGACAUGCAAUCAUCUUGACCAUUUUUAUAUUAAACAUCUAAAUACUUGAAUUUUUCUUCUUAAAUCUGUUUUCAAACCUUUUUGAUGUAAUGUAACAAAUUACACAUGUAACAAGUUGCUCGGGGGCACUGGACACAAUUGGUAAUUACUCAAAAAUAAUUCAAGCAUAAAAACGAACUUGGUAACGAGCAAAGGA